GGAGCCGCGGCGCCCCGUCGCAGCGCGCGGGAGCAGGUGGGGGAGCGGUGCGGUGGCGCGCUGGAGCCCCGAGGGGCGGAGGCGGCCGCUACACCUAGGGCGCCGCGGAGCGCCCCGGGCUUGGCGCGGGCGGAGCCGCCCUAAGGGCCGCGCGUGUCCCCGGCCUCGGCCCCGCCCCGCCCCGUCCAAUGAGAGCCCGCGGCCGAAGGGGCUGUCCGCACACUAGGCCCGCAGCUCCCUUCUGCGCCGCAGACCCCCUGACAUCGCACCCGGUGCUCAGGCAGCGGGCCCCAGAUCCCGGGUUCGGCGCGCCGUCGUCGGCUUCCGGACACUGCAACUUGCGCCCCUCUCUGGGACCCUGCUCCCGGGCUCUGGACCCCAGGUGACCCUAGGUCCCCAGCCGCCGGCGAACCCCAUGGCCCCCCAGGGGGGUGAGGUAGGAGCAGCGUGAGUACCCCUAGAAGGUGCCCCGUCCACGCCCCUCCGGGCUGCGCGGCGGGAGUCUUCGGGGAGCUAUGCUGAGACCGAGUGGUGCGGAGGAAGCUGCGCAGCUCCCGCUUCGGCGCGCCCGUGCCCCGGUCCCUGUGCCCUCGCCUGCGGCCCCCGACGGCUCCCGGGCUUCGGCCCGCCUAGGUCUCGCUUGCCUUCUGCUCCUGCUGCUGCUGACGCUGCCGGCCCGCGUAGACACGUCCUGGUGGUACAUUGGGGCACUGGGGGCACGAGUGAUCUGUGACAAUAUCCCUGGUUUGGUGAGCCGGCAGCGGCAGCUGUGCCAGCGUUACCCAGACAUCAUGCGUUCAGUGGGCGAGGGUGCCCGAGAGUGGAUCCGAGAGUGUCAGCACCAAUUCCGCCACCACCGCUGGAACUGUACCACCCUGGACCGGGACCACACCGUCUUUGGCCGUGUCAUGCUCAGAAGUAGCCGAGAAGCAGCUUUUGUAUAUGCCAUCUCAUCAGCAGGGGUAGUCCAUGCUAUUACUCGUGCCUGUAGCCAGGGUGAACUGAGUGUGUGCAGCUGUGACCCCUACACCCGUGGCCGACACCAUGACCAGCGUGGGGACUUUGACUGGGGUGGCUGCAGUGACAACAUCCACUAUGGUGUCCGUUUUGCCAAGGCCUUCGUGGAUGCCAAGGAGAAGAGGCUUAAGGAUGCCCGGGCCCUCAUGAACUUACAUAAUAACCGCUGUGGUCGCACGGCUGUGCGGCGGUUUCUGAAGCUGGAGUGUAAGUGCCAUGGCGUGAGUGGUUCCUGUACUCUGCGCACCUGCUGGCGUGCGCUCUCAGAUUUCCGCCGCACAGGUGAUUACCUGCGGCGGCGCUAUGAUGGGGCUGUGCAGGUGAUGGCCACGCAGGAUGGUGCCAACUUCACCGCAGCCCGCCAAGGCUAUCGCCGUGCCACCCGAACUGAUCUUGUCUACUUUGACAACUCCCCAGAUUACUGUGUCUUGGACAAGGCUGCAGGUUCCCUAGGCACUGCAGGCCGUGUCUGCAGCAAGACAUCAAAAGGAACAGACGGUUGUGAAAUCAUGUGCUGUGGCCGAGGGUAUGACACAACUCGAGUCACCCGUGUUACCCAGUGUGAGUGCAAAUUCCACUGGUGCUGUGCUGUACGGUGCAAGGAAUGCAGAAAUACUGUGGACGUCCAUACUUGCAAGGCCCCCAAGAAGGCAGAGUGGCUGGACCAGACCUGAACACAGAUACCUCACGCAUCCCUCCAAUUCAAGCCUCUCAACUCAAAAGCACAAGAUCCUUGCAUGCACACCUUCCUCCACCUUCCACCCUGGGCUGCUACAGCUUCUGUUUAAGGAUGUAGAGAGUAAUCCAUAGGGACCAUGGUGUCCUGGCUGGUUCCUUAGCCCUGGGAAGGAGUUGUCAGGGGAUAUAAGAAACUGAGCAAGCUCCCUGAUUUCCCACUCUGGAGAUUUGAAGGGAGAGUAGAACAGAUAGAGGGUCUUUAGAGUGAAAUGAGUUGCACUAAAGUAUGUAGUUGAGGCUCCUUUUUUCUUUCCUUUGCACCAGCUUCCUGAUACUUCCUUGGUGUGCAAGAGGAAGGGUACCUGUAGAGAGCUUCUUUUUGUUUCUACUUGGCCAAAGUUAGAUGGGACAAAGAUGAAUGACAUGCCCGUUCUCUGAAGUCAGUUUGAGCAGAACUACCUGGUACCCCAAAAGAAAAUCUUAGGCUACCACAUUCUAUUAUUGAGAGCCUGAGAUGUUAGCCAUAGUGGACAAGGUUCCAUUCACAUGCUCAUAUGUUUAUAAACUGCUGUGUUUUGUAGAAGAAAAAGAAUCAUAACUAUACAAACACACAUUCAUUCUGUCUUUUUCUCUCUACCAUUCUCAACCUAUAUUGGACAGCACUGCCUCUUUUGCUUACUUGCUGCCUGUUCAAACUGAGGUGGAAUGCAGUGGUUCCCAUGCUUAACAGAUCAUUAGAACAUCCUAGAACACUCCUAGGAUAGAGUAAUAUAGUAAGUCUGGCCAGGCCUUGUGUUUUUUUUUUUUUUUUUUUCCAUGCAUUACUCUGUAGGUUAGCCAGAUUUGGGGAAACACGGAGUAAAAGAUAGGCAACUCAUGGAUGGUGGGAGAGCAGGAAAGCAGGUCUGAUCUCAAGGGCCCACAUGAGGCAAAAGUACAUAUUAGGAAGGUAGGGAUCUCUGGCUUUGGUAAUUCUUUAUGAGAGGAUCCUAGCCUUUGAAGCUGGGAGCAGGAGUCAGUGGCUACAGUGGGAAGGAGUGCUACGGGUUGGGGCCAAAAUGAUACACAGAAGGCAGCCUUCCUCCAUUUACUCAACAAAUCUUUAUUUAGUGACUCUCCAAGUCCUGGUGAUUAUUAUUGUUCAGUCCACAUUCAGCUUAAAUAGAGGAGGGUUUCUUCUAUGCUAUUACCCAUUGCCUAACUAGGUUUGCAAGAGUGGAAUCUCCAGAGAUAGCAGGCUUAGUAAGCUGGAGGGUAGGACAUGAAGUCCCCAAAACCUUGAUGUCCUAUUUUUAUGUGAUUUGGGCAGUGGUUAUCUUUUGCCUGUUGAUAUCUUAAAGCAGCAGAGUGGUAUAGAAAUUUGCAGUUAUGACAGACCUGGGUUAAAAAUCACAGCUGUGCCACUUGCUUUUGAUAUUUUGAGCAAGGUAGCUAAAUUUUCUGAGCUUCUAUUUUCUCUUCUGUAAAAUGAGGAUACGUACCUGUUCUUUUUUUUCUUUUUAUUUAUUUAUUUCUUUUUUUUUUUCUUUUAGAGAUAGGGUUUUGCUUUGUUGCCCAGGCUGGAGUGCACUAGCAUGAUCAUGGCUCACUGCAGCCUCAAAUUCCCAAACUCAAGCAAUCCUCUCACCUCAGCCUCCCCAUUAGCUGGGACUACAGGGACAAGCCAUCAUGCCCAGCUAGUUUAAACACAGUUAUCAGAGAUAGAGCUAUGUUGCCUAGGCUGGUCUUGAAUUCUUGGUCUCAAGCAAUCCUCCCACUGCAGCCUUCCAAAGUGCUGAGCAUAUAAGCUCAAGCCAAUGUGCCCAGCUGUCAGAUACUGAGUUUUAAUUAUGCCCCAAACUCCAGCCCACAGAUCCUCUUCACCAAAGCUCCUGGCUGGUCUAGCCCAUCAUGACUUCUCUAGGAACAGUCCUUCUUUAGGACUAUGAAGUAUUAAUAAAAGUCCGUAGAUUAAGGGGCCUGCAUAAAGAAUUCUGGAUAUAGGCCCCUGUCUUUCCCAAGUUCCUCUCCAACAUCCCUUGGGGUCCUCAUAUGUUUUUGAAGCAGCUUUACUCUGCACAGGCAGCAGGAGGCUGGGGGAGCCAUGGCUCUGGGCCACAGGGGCAGAUUUAUUUGGAUGAUAGGACUAAUAUUUGUGUAACCUGCUGAGACCUGUGUGGGAGAGUUUAGGGUGGUUUUUCUUUUGGUGAGGGGAUUUGCUCCGGUUUCACAUCCAUUAACACAAAACAUGAGCUAGUUAGGGCCCUUGUGGUCUGCGGUAAGGGGAUGCCUGUGGAGAAAUGGGCCUGAGUGAGUCAGGCCAAGAGAAUGUCUUCCUUCAGAGUGGAGUCAACUGGAUAACUGAUGAGCCAAUGGUAGGAUUAAGGAGGGGGAAAUGGGAGGGGAAGAGAAGAGCUGACAUCUUGAGGAAAGCUUUGGGGUAGUGGAGAGGUAAGGGGGUCAUGGUUAGUUUGAACUCAACAAUAGGGCUGAAUGAAUUUACCAAAGGAGGCUGCCUUAUAUUAUAUGCCAAGCUGCUGGGGAAAGACUCAGGUCCUAACCAGCCCCUGUUCUCACAAGAACAUGCAGGUUACCACAUAAACAAUGGCAUAGGCCUUC